GCAACGAUCAGUUGCACUUGGUUGCUCACUGAACUCGGUCGUGGUAGGUGCUGUGUGUGUUAAGAAAACUCGUCAUCGCUCAAUUCGGGUGCGGAAAAAUUCAAUUCUCACAUUUAACCAAGAAAUUGCUAAAAUCUCAAAGAGCAUGAAACUGGCAGCUGCGCGAGUACUCGCAUAACAAUAGCCGUAGCCGCUGCUGCCUGCAUGUGCGUCAUUUGUUUACCCGUGUUCAAAAAAAUGUGUGUAAAUUGAACUAUUGGCCUAAGUAAUCAACAUAAAAGAGAUAUCCCAAGGAUCGCGCAAUGACAGAUUCCGUAAAUAAUAGCAACCAAACGGAAGAUGAUCGCCUGCUGAUGAUCUAUACACAUCCCACCUUGUGGGAAUACUAUACGAAUCUUACACCAUUUGUAAUACUUUCGAUGUUUGUGGGCUCCCUGAUAGUGGUGCUGAACGUAUCCAUUUUCUGUUCCACAGUCUCGAAAAUACGUAGACGCUGUGAUCCCAGCGUUCAACUUGCCUCCAUUGUAUUGUGCUCACUGUAUCCCGUAAUCUGCUGUGCUGCACUUGUGACAAUCUACUUGCCCAAAGGAUGGCUGGUGUGCCACACCGUUAUGCACUUAAGCUUCACCGUAGGUGCAGUCAUGUUACGUCAAUUGUGUUUCCGCUAUGUGGGCUCCGAGCAGAACUAUGUUAAGGAGAGUGACGGUGUGGCAGUAUCCAUAAACACUCCGCCUUGUUGUUGUUGCUGUGUGUGCUUGCCAGGUCUGGUACCGUCCAAGGCCAAGUUUUCCCUGCUGAGCUGCAUGGUGUGGCAGAUGCCCAUUGUGCAAGGCUGCAUUAUGCUGGUCCUAAAUCUCAUCUACUACAUGCAAAAGGAGCUGUACGAAAGCGUCUCCCUUUACUUCAUACCCUUCCUAGUGUGCUCCAUACUGAUUGGCAUCUGGGCCCUGAACAUAGCAGUGCGUAUGGUGAAUGCCACUCACUCCGAAUAUGGCCUGAUGAGGAAAAUGUUUUGUCUGCAGCUAAUCCUGCUGCUGUGUAAGCUGCAGUAUAUGCUGCUGAACUCUCAAUUGGAUAACAUCCCCUUGGGUGGCUUUUAUCCAAUCAACCACACCAUAUACAAACAGACCAUAAUCAACGUUCUGAUACUGGUGGAAAUGGUGUUGGUAUCGCUACUGGCUCAAAACGCCUACAAAGGGCCAGUUUAAAAAGGCUAAGCGGAGCUGAAGCAAAAUUUGGCAAAGAAAACAAGGAAACUUCAAUUGUGAUACACCCACAUACCCUAAAUUAUAACCGAGUGCAUCUGUACCCAUGAAAUAAGUACUUGACUUGAUGUGGCCAUCUGUAUAUCUGUGUGUGUGUGUGUGUGUGCCCUGCAAACAUUUUUCAUAAUUUUGGAAAAGCAUUCGUGCCCGCGAUGAAUAAAACAAUCUUCUGGAAGAUUUUUACGCAAUUGGUCUUCCGUAUUAGUUUCGCAGCACCCUUCUACGAUGUCAUUGGACAAUCCAUUGCUUGUGGACAAUCCAUUCGCUACGAUUCUCUUACAACUCAUUGCGUUUUAAUCGUUCAUGUGUGUCGUGAAAUACUCUUCUAGAAUAUCAUUGGACAAUCCAUUGCCUGUGCGGAAAUUUAAGGAACUCUGCGCGACGUUCCUCUCACAACUCAUUGCGUUGUAAUCGUCCAGAAGAUUUGUGUAUAAAUCGCCUGAGUUAACCUAUCGCGAUGUCUUUUAUUUUCAUAUGUGGUGCGUUUAGGAUUUGUAUUUCGAUGUAUAUGUAUUUGUUAUUCGAUGUUUUGUUAUGAGUGGACAUCUUUAGCAACACCAAAUAGAAUUCUCACUUGGCUUAUAUGGCGAUUGGUACUUAGUAUGACGAGUGAAAGUUAAAUUUUUUAAGUUUUUUCGGAGUCGUUACGUUUCUGAUGAACAAACUAAAGCAUGUUUAGAUCUUUCAUAUCUAUAUCUUCCAAAAUACUAAUACUUGUCCCCACAGUUCUUGGGCGAUUCUUCUCACUUACUCGUAAGCAGCACAACAAGCCGAUUACUGGCUUAGGUGUAUGUCCACAGUGGCAUGGGGCGGAUUAAUAUCUGCACCCUCUUUUCAACCUUUCAACCUGCUCGUAAGCAGCUCACAUGGAAAAUGGAAGAUUUGCAAGAAACAAUCACGACGGGGGGAUCAUCUACGACUCUUAGACGAUCUCGUACGCGAUCAUAACCUUCAUCUAAAAGAUUCGCGGAAGAUUGUUUGGCGAUCAAAACUGUUUGCAGGGUGUAGGCAAGUCAACGACCACACACACGCACGUGUGCAAAUGUUGUACAUAUGAGGAAACAAACACAUUCAUGCAUAUUCAUAACCAUACAUUUUAGAAUCAUUCAAAUUAAAUACAUCCUUAUCUUAUAGCUAUAAAAAAAUAUAUUCUCACAAAAAAACACAAAAUAAAA